AGAGACACUAAGAGGAAAUUUUGAAAAAGAGAUAGUGAGGUUUAUAUGGAAAGCACGUGGUAAUUUAGUGGUUAUUUUUUGUGUAAUCAUGAAGUUUGCUUAUAAGUUUGGAAAUUUGCUGAGCACAGUUUACCGUAAAGGUAAUUUAUUAUUCGCUAAUGAUGGAUCAUCUUUAAUAAGCCCAGUAGGAAAUCGAAUCAGUAUUUAUGAUUUAAAAAAUCACAAGUCAUCGACAUUGCCAGUAGAGAGCCGAUAUAAUUACACAGCAAUUGAUUUAUCACCAAAUGGAUAUAUUUUGGUGGCUGUUAAUGAAGAGGGUGAGGCGCAUGUUAUCAGUAUGAUUAGUAAAAUGAUAAUUCACAAGUACCGAUUUAAAAAACCACGCGUCUUCCACAGCGCAGUGGACGAAACCACCACCCUAAGCUGGUCUUGGGACUCCCGGUUUUUAAUAGUAGGCUCCAAGGACACUUUUACAAAACUCUACUCCCUGGAAAAGUUUUCUAACUUCCGGUACUGCAACAUCGGCGGUCACAGCGACGAGAUAAUUUAUGUAAGCUUCGAAUCUUCUGGGACUUACGAUUUAUUUACUCUGGCGAAAAACGGACACUUGUGUCUCUGGGAAGCUUCACUGGAUCCGCAGGAUCUUAAGCCUUUUGUUCCUAAGAAGGUCAAGAGGGAAGACAGCGAGUCUGAGGACGACAUCGAUCUUGAGACGGCGAUUGAGCAUACUAAAGCUUCGAAGAAAUUUGCGAAAAAUUCAAAAAUUUGUGCGGAAGAUCCGCACAAUCCGCAGGAUCCGCAGACUUUGAAAAAUUUGAAAGGCCUGAAAAAUUUACGAGAUCCGCAGGAUCCAAUCGAUCCGCACAAUCCGCAGGGGCCAUCUGAUCCGCACAAUCCGCAGGCUCUGAAAAAUUCUCAGAACCUGAAAAAGCAACAAAAUAUCAAUGAUCCGCAGAAUCCGCACGAUCCGCAGGAACCUCUAAAAUUCUUUUUUAAAUUAACCUCCAGACACUACCUUGCGGACGAAGCUAAAACUCAGAAAAAAGGCAACUCCGCAGUAGCCGCAUCAACGGCUUCCUACCAUGCCGCCUCAAAAAUCCUCGUCGUAGGCUUUAGCACCGGUUCCUUCUUCCUCUACGAAAUGCCAGAGGUUAAUUUAAUCCACUCGCUGUCCGUCUCGAACAAUUCUUUGUCCACUGUGACCUUUAACCCCUCCGGGGACUGGAUCGCUCUGGGGUCAAGCCUCCUGGGGCAGCUCCUAGUCUGGGAGUGGCAAAGUGAAACCUAUGUUCUUAAACAACAAGGACACGCUCAUGAUAUGACCUGUCUGGCUUACAGUGGAGAUGGAUUGUGGAUUGUUACUGGAGGGGAUGAUGGAAAGGUCAAGCUUUGGAACACCACCACUGGAUUCUGUGUCGCUACUUUCUCGGAACACUGUUCCAGGGUCACAGAGGUCAUUUUUAGAGGUCAGGACUACUUCGACAUCUACCUGUGGAGCAUGAAGCUCGGCACCUUGCUCGAAGUUCUCUCUGGACACACUGGGCCAGUAUCAAGCUUAGCAUUCACCACCAGCCCAGGGAGCAGCAGCAUGGCGUCAGUGUCCUGGGACAAGACUCUAAAACUCUGGAACGCAAUUGAGAACAACUCCGAGCACGAGACUAUAAACUUAACCUCCGACGGUCUGGCAGUGAUCUACAAGCCCGACGGUAAAGAAGUCGCAGUGUCUACGCUAGAUGGCGCAAUAAGUUUCUUCGAUGUCAAGACUUCGUUGCAAACGGGCUCGAUAGAGGGCAGGAAUGACUUAGGCGCCGGAAGAUCAGAGACUGACUUGAUAACAGCCAAAAAAAACCUCGCGGGGAAAGCUUUCACUUCUUUGUGCUACUCUGCGGAUGGCCAGUGCAUCCUGGCAGGUGGCGCUAGUAAGAACGUCUGUAUUUACGACGUAAGGGAGCAAGUUUUGGUUAAGAAGUUCGAAAUUACCCAAAAUAGGUCUCUAGACGCGGUGGACGAUUUUAUAAACCGCAGGAAGAUCACCGAGUUUGGAAACCUCGCGUUGGUUGAUGAACGACAAGAUGGCGUCAAUAUCAAGCUCCCGGGGGUCAAGAGUGGGGAUAUGGCGAGCAGAGGUACUAAACCUGAGGUUAGAGUCUUCCAGCUUCAGUUUUCUCCCACGGGGCUAGCUUGGGCCGCUGCGACGACAGAGGGCCUACUGAUCUACAAAGUCGACUCCGGGGAUAUGUUUGAUCCCUUUAUGUUGGAGAUCAACAUCACUCCCGAGGCAGUCAGGGAAAAGGUUGAGGACCAAGAAUUCUCCCAAGCGCUCAUGAUGGCGCUUAGGUUGAAUGAGAAGGACAUCAUUCGCUUUGUUGUUGAAGCUGUGCCUGUUGAUGAUGUGGAACUGACUGUUACGUCACUAUCGGAAGUCUACAUCGACCGGUUAUUGAAAUUCGUCGGUGUUGAAUUAGAGAGGACGAGGCAUAUUCACUUUUAUUUGAUAUUCGCGGAAAUUAUUCUGGGUAAAUGUAGACAUAAAUUGUCACCGUUACAACUCACGUCAUUGUUGACUCUUCAGAAAAAUAUGCAGCAAAAGUAUGAUGAUCUCAGUAAAAUAUGUGAUUUCAAUAAAUAUACAAUCGAGUACAUAAUAAGAACAGCAAAGCUUAAAUCCAAGCCUACAGAUGAUUCCGACAACGAGUCUGAAAGUUCAUUAAAUCUCAUGAAAAUGGAUGAAGAU